AGUUGUCCCCUUUUCUGUUGUUCUCCGAGCUCUGUAUGUUUUUUUUAAGGGAGGCUUCGAGGAUUCGAGUUCCCAAAUCUCCAGCAGCGUUCGCCGGGGGCGGCGAACCCCAAAGCCCUAAUUCACUUGAUCCCUAGUGAUUCUUUGGAGUCGCGGUUGCCAUGAAUGUGCCGAUUAUUGAUCCGUUGCAGGGUGACUUCCCGGAGGUCAUUGAGGAGUUUUUGCAGCAUGGGAACAUGAAAUGCAUAGCUUUUAAUCGCCGCGGAACUCUUCUUGCAGCUGGCUGUGUCGAUGGAAGCUGUGUGAUCUGGGAUUUUGAAACUAGAGGAGUUGCGAAGGAACUUAGGGAUAAAGAUUGUGUUGCACCUAUAACGAGUGUUUGUUGGUCCAAGUUUGGUCACCAUAUUCUUGCAUCCGCCACUGAUAAGUCCUUAACACUUUGGAGUGUUCUUAGUGGAGAGAAAAUAGCCCGUGUAACUCUUCAGCAAACCACUCUUCUUGCUCGUCUUCAUCCCGGGUCUUGUACUCCAUCCGUUUGCUUGGCUUGCCCCCUCUCUUCUGCACCAAUCCUUGUGGAUUUAAACACGGGAAGUUCAACUGUUCUCCCGGUCACAAUGUCUGAUGUUGGAACUGGCACUACUCAUCCAAGGAAUAAAUUUUCUGAUGGCUCUCCACCUUUCACUCCCACAGCAGCGACUUUCAAUAAAUGCGGAGAUCUUAUAUACGUGGGCAACUCCAAAGGUGAAAUUCUCAUAGUAGAUUCAAAGAACAUCCGAGUGCAAGCAAUAAUUCCUAUUCCUGGAGGUUCUGUAAUAAAGAAUAUCGUUUUUAGUAGGAAUGGGCAAUACUUGCUCACCAAUUCAAAUGAUCGUGUCAUCAGAGUUUAUGAGAAUCUCCUGUCCCAAAAGGGUGCAGCAAAUGAGCUUGAAGAGAUGAGCAAUGCAUCACCGGUUAAUGAGUUUCAAGGGAUUGAGAAGUUGAAGGCAGUUGGGUCCAAGUGUCUGAUCCUUUUCCGGGAGUUUCAAGAUGCCGUGACCAAGAUGCAAUGGAAAGCACCUUGCUUCAGUGGUGACGGCGAGUGGGUUGUUGGUGCUUCAGCUAACAAGGGAGAGCACAAACUCUACAUCUGGGACAGGGUCGGACAUCUAGUUAAAAUCCUGGAAGGACCUAAGGAAGCUCUGACUGAUCUUGCAUGGCAUCCCGUCCGCCCUUUGGUUGUUUCUGUUUCAGUGGCUGGCCUGGUUUAUAUAUGGGCCAAAGACUACACCGAGAACUGGAGCGCAUUUGCACCCGACUUCAAAGAACUCGAAGAGAAUGAAGAGUACAUUGAGAGGGAAGAUGAAUUUGAUUUGGUUCCUGAUACAGAGAAGGUAAAGGAGUCAGAAAUCAAUGAAGACGACGAGGUUGAUAUCAUGACGGUUGAGAAGGAUUCAACUUUCAGUGAUUCAGAGGCUUCACAGGAAGAACUAUGUUUUCUGCCAGCAAUUCCUUCUCCAGAUGUUCCCGAACAACAAGACAAGUAUCCUGCAAGUCUGUCGAAGUUAGAGGAGAGCACUCAUUCAGGCUCUCCGUUUUCGGUCGAAGCAGGUCAGAAUGGACAGGCACAUCCUGCUUCGAGCCCAUUAGAAGUAGUGGCGAACUCUGCAGCAGAAGACGCGGCGGUGAAUACGGGUGUAAAGCGGAAGCGCAAGCCAUCGGCGAAGGGGCUGGAGUUGGAGGCGGAGAAAGGACGGAAGCCGCCUUUGUCGAAGCUGAUCAAAUCCAUGGGCAAACCUUCAAAGGCCAAAGUUAAACUAGAGAAUGCUCAGGAUGCUAAUGACUCUGUACUUGAUGAUGCUGUUACUGAUGAAUACAUAUGAAACAUUGUAUUCCUAAUAUCAAUUUAAAUUUUCUCUACUUUUGCAUGCUUUAA